AUGAGGUUCUUUGUCAACUUUCCCUCUGCCAAGCAAUACUUCAGCCAGUUUAAGGAUAUGGAAGACCCUGUGGAGAUGGCGCGCAGCAUCCAGCUACGUAAACACGGUCUGCGAGUGCUGGGUGCUGUAAACAGUGUGGUCGAGAACCUCAAUGACCCAGAAAAGGUGACAACAGUUUUGUCAAUAGUGGGGAAGAGUCAUGCAUUGAGACACAAAGUGGAACCUUUUUAUUUCAAGAUCCUGACUGGUGUGAUGCUGGAGGUCAUUGCAGAAGAGUAUGCCAAAGAAUUCACACCUGAUGUGCAGUUAGCUUGGAACAAAUUGCGAAGCCUCAUCUACAACCACGUACUGGAAGCAUACAAGGAAGCAGGCUGGACACAGUACCCCAGUAAUUCUAUGUGAGCUCUCCAUCUCCAGGAGAACUGCCUGUGAAGGACUCCAGAUUCUGGCUGUCUCAGGUCACCAAAGUCUGGGGCAAGCUGGGGAACUAGAGGGAUAUGUGGGGAGGGAGAUGGGAUGGUGGGGCAAGAACAACUUUGGUACAAGACUCACUUUAAACACAGGUGAGCAAAAGAGUCUUUGGGGGUUGAUAAUUACAGUUAAAAAAGUGACACAAGUGACUAAUUCAUUGUUGAGUUAAUUCAAAUCAGUGACAAGGAAAGUAGAUUUGGUAAGACUUUAAAUUAGGCAAACUGUCCUGAGUUGCAAAUUUAAGAUGCAGAGGGCAGAGAUUUGAACAAAAAGGCUUUAAUGUUCAUAUUGUACAUCAAGAUUCAUAUAUUAUAUCAAGAGUUGCAUUAUUUAAAAAAAAACCUAUCAUGUUUAAAAAGUUAUAUGGAUUCAUCUUAUAUGGUAUAAUGUGAACUGUGGGUGGGAUUGUAUUCUCACAUUUCAUGUCUUACAAUAUAAAAUGAAUGGCUUUAACACAUUAUUUAAUAAGCAUUGUGCUACAUCUAUAAAAAUGCUAGCUGCUAUUUCUGGCAGCAAAAGUAUUAAAUCCUUACAUAACUCUCACUUGCAACCUAUACUGUAUAUGUAAAGAUUCAGCACAAUUUCCUGCUUUUGGGAAUGAACGUGUUGUUUCUAGAUUAUUUUAUCUACUCUUACAGAAUUUCCAUUCUUUACUGAAUCUCCCAAAGCACAGAUGACAUAAUCAGACUGACAUUUAAAUACUUGGAUUGCUUCAGUUUCCCAUUUUCUAUCUUCCAGACUGCAAUGAGCCUCAAAGGGACCAAAAAAGCAAAGGCUAAGGUUUGCACACCUGUGUAAAAAAAAUAAAAAAAAUCACCAUGUCUUUCAUAUGGACCAUUAACCAGAAAGGAUUCCUUCUCUAGCAAUGCAGUGAUUCACUCCUAAACCACAUAUUUAAAUGCAAAGACCCUUUAAAUAUUAAAAGGAUCUGAGUGCAAUGGAAUACAAUUGUUAUCUAUGGGUAGGGAAUAGAAUGAAAAUUUUGGACCCAGUUAUAUAAAAUCUCGGGUUGUGAGAUGUUGUGUCCUAACAUGUCUAUCUUAUAAUGUUAUGUUUUACUGUGAAUUAAAAAUAAAUAUAAAAUAUUGAAGGUAUAAAGUAAA